AUGAGCGAUGCGCCCACACAUCGCAGGCCCCCCGGUGACCUGCACGCCCCCAAGGCGCUUUUCGAGGUCUUCCAGGCCGAGUUUGGCAUCCCCGCAUCCGACGAGCUCUCGCCCUACCACGCAGGCACUCCCGAGUCUCGUUCGGCGAAUGCCGACAUUCUGAACUACCCGAGCCCGAAGGCAUGGUUCGACCAGGAGGACAAAGACCCGCGCGACUCAGACGCGGACAGACACCGCGACGCCGUGCCCGCAUUCCGUGGCUACAGCGCAGACGGCGAGGCGCAGGGCCAGCUUGUGGUCGUGAACUACGGCAGGAACUUGACACUGUUCCAACAACAUAUAGGUACCUGGCAGGGGAGGUACGGUGACCCCGGCCGGGUUCUUCCGCACCUCGGCCUCGUUGCACUCCGUCUCGCCGAAUCAUUCAUCCUCUCGCUCAACACGACCUACUACGCGCAUAGGCCAGAUAAGUACCUUCACGAGGUCGACGAGGGCCUCGGCGCGAGCGCGGACAUCUCUGGCCUGCGGAAGAGCAUUGCUCGUCUGCAGGGUGCGAGCAGGGCGCUUGACAAGGAAAGGGAGACCGCGGAACAACAUAUGCGUGAGCUCCUCGACAAAUUCCUGCACCCUGGACAGAACAUUCAUACUGGCAUCGGCACGGACCCCAGUACUCCCUCCAUCAACAUAGCUACAGCUCGCGGUUCGACGGCCUCCCGCUCCCGAAAAAGCUUUGGAGGGUGCUGGACAAGCUAUUUGGGCACGGAAGCUCGCCGCGGGUGGGAUCCGAUCCGUAAGCUGUUCAAGGCCGUGGAGCGUGUGCAGACAGCGAACGCGAAGCUGAUAGCAUUCGAGCACAGUUUCAUCUCAGAGGAGGGCGUUGAGGACCGGAAGUGGUAUACACACCUGGGUGUCGCACUUGGCAAGUGGCAAGGAGGCAAGGCAAUCCCCGAAGGAGCGACUGAGGUCGAGUCCGGCAAAACCACCCACAUUGCCAUCAUGCUGAACCGUCGGCCGCAUAACGUCAAACUACUCAUCGGUUGCUACAAGAUGCGCCUCUCCGUUUUUGCUGUCAUCGCUGCUGCCUUCGCUGCUGUCGGCGCCGUCCCGACUGCAGGCCCUGAGGUCGUCACCCCCGGCUCCGGCGACAUCAUCGGCUUCCGCAUCGAGAGCCAAUACGAGUCCAUUCUCAUCGCGACGCUCAACAAUGCUACCACCGAAAAUGGCUUUGAUCCCCAACCUGAAUUCUCUAAGACGGAUCCCACCACGGCGACCGCUCGUCUUAAUGUUGACUCCACCAAGGUUGCUGAGGGCGAUCACAAUUUCACCGUGACUGAGUCUGGCCUUCCCGGGGUUAUCUACUCCACCAGCUUCCCUGUCAGCCUCAACUACGAUGUCUGA